AUGGUAUCCGAUGAGCAUGCUAGGAAGAUGGGCGUGCAGGUGGUCGCGGCCGUCUUCAUGCCCGUCGCCACCAUUGCUGUCAUGCUGCGCUGCUAUGUCCGUGCCCGGGUGGUAAGGGCCUUUGGUCUGGACGAUGCUGCUAUGGUAUUUGCAUCUCUGUUCUAUAUCGCUUUCUGUGCUUCUAUGAUUGGAGGCACUCUAUAUGGUACCGGGUACAAAUUCGAGAACCUGGAACCCGAUAACCGCUCUACCGCCAUGAGCUACUGGUGGUUUUGCGAAGUGGCUUACUGCUUUGCCUCGAUUGGAUGCAAGAUCUCCGUGUGCAUUUUCCUUAUGCGUAUCACCGUUAAGCGGAGUCAUAUCUGGACUCUCUACAUCGUCAUGAUUCUCACCGUCAUUGCCGGAUUGAUUUUCUUCUUCCUCAUGCUUCUGCAAUGCAAGCCGCUCAACUAUUUCUGGACACGAACAAAGGAGGACCCAUCUAUCGAGGGCCAUUGCAUCGAUAUCAACAUCAUUAUCAUCAUGACCUACAUAUACAGUGUGUUCGCGGCAAUGUGCGAUUUCACUGUCGGCAUUCUCCCAAUCUUCCUCGUGCGCAAGCUGCAUAUGAAAAAGAAUGCCAAGCUAGCCGUCAUUGGAAUUCUGAGCAUGGCUUGCAUUGCCUCAUCAGCAGUCAUCGUCCGCUUACCAUUCGUUGCGACAUUCGCGGAACCCGACUUCCUCUACUCCACCUACCAAAUUGCCAUCUGGUCCUGCACCGAAGCUGGUCUCGGAAUCACAGCAGGCAGUCUGGCAACCCUCCGUCCCCUCCUCCGUCACUGGCUCGGCUCCCGCUCCGAAAACUACCCUUCAUCUGGAUUCCCACGGAAUUCAAACCCCCGCCUCGGUAACAGCGGACAACGUGCCGUCCCACUGGGAUCCAUGGACGCAUCCAAUCGAAGCGAACUCCGCCCCGAUAAAUUGGCGGUUAUGGUGACAAAUAUUGAAAGCCAGGGAGGCCUCGGAAGCACCUGGACAAGAUCGUCCACUCCAAACAGCAGUGAAGAGGGCUUGACCAUUGACCACUCGUCUCAAAUCCCUCAUCUUCCCCAUCUUCCUUCGGGCAGAAAGAUGGAAGUUGGUAUUCAACAGACUUUUGAGGUCACCACUGCGACAGAAGAUUAUGGAGAUAGAACUUAUAGAGAUACCAGCGUGAAGGAGCAUGUAUAA